AUCAGAAAAAAAAAAAAAAAAAAAAGAAAAAAAAAUGAAGUCUGCCUUGUAUUUGUGCUUGCUGCUUCUUGGGUUUCAUGUCCAGGGCCUCCCUAAACCCAGCCACAGUGAAGAACAAGAGGAACAAAAAGCAGUUCAUUGUCCAGGAGACCAUGCCCACGGUGAAGGAGAAAAACGGUCUCAUUGCAAGAUAGCCCCAAGCAACGCUGAAUUUGCAUUUAGAUUUUACAAGCAGGUUGCAGCAGAGGGAGGUGACAAGAACAUUUUCUUCUCUCCUCUGAGCAUCUCAGUUGCCUUUGCAAUGCUCUCCCUGGGGGCCAGAGCAACCACAUGCCACGAGCUGCACAAAGGGCUCACCUUCAACAUGACAGACAUGGAGGAACAGGAGGUCCACGAAGGCUUCCGCGAUCUCCUGCAGCUCCUGAACGACCCUCACAGAGAAGUCCAAGUGAGCAUGGGCAAUGCUCUGUUCAUAGAUGACCAUCUGAAACUGCUCCAAAAAUUUCUGGAUGAUGUCACAAAUUUUUAUGAAUCUGAAGCUAUUUCUAGCAACUUCCAGAAUAUUUCAGAGGCUAAAAAGAAAAUCAAUGAUUACAUAGAAAUGAAAACUCAUGGGAAAUUUGUUGACUUCCUCAAGAGUCUUAGUUCAGACACAGUGAUGGUUCUUGUUAACUACAUUUACUUUAAAGGUUACUGGGAACAACCUUUCAGCAGUUUGCUCACCAAGGAAGACGACUUCUUCAUAGAUGCCAAGAAAUCUGUAAAGGUCAAAAUGAUGCAUCGAAGCAAAGCCUAUAAUGUCUAUAGGGAUGAGAACUUGUCUUGCUGGGUUGUAGAAAUCCCGUAUAAAGGGAACGUUGCUGCACUGUUUGUUCUGCCUGAUGAAGGAGCAAUGAAGCAGGUGGAAGAUGUUCUGCUGAAAGAAACCGUGUCUAACUGGGCAAAUUCACUUAAAAGCAGAAAAAUCAACCUGUAUCUUCCCAAAUUCUCCAUCUCUGGCUGCUAUGAUGUCAAGAACCUAUUCCAGAAGAUGGGUGUGAAAGAAGUAUUCGGUGAUCAAGCUAAUUUCUCUGGAAUGACAGAAAGCACUCGUCUAAAGGUUUCAAAAGCAACGCACAAGGCAAUGGUGGACGUUAAUGAGAACGGCACAGAGGCUGCUGCAGUGACUGUGGUAGAAGUGAUGCCAAUAUCACUUGAGAUUCCUCCUCCUCCUGUCAUCGAAUUCAACAGGCCCUUCAUGAUGCUAAUUUUUGACAAAACCACCUCUAGUAUAUUAUUUCUGGGGAAAGUUAUGAACCCUGUUGCCAGUGAAGAUUAGACCAGGGCACUUGCACUCAGCACAGAAAUUCUAGAGAGCUUGUGCACCUCCCAGAAACUUAUUUUUGCAAAAAUGUUCUGGAAUCGAUGUUUAAUUAACAAAUAAAGAAACAUUCUAUGUAGUUAUUCUUCAUUUGAAAUCAGUCAGGGCCACGUUCAUAAAACAUUCCAGACGAGAAAAGACAUUGCAGGGUCUUCAAUAAAUAUUCACCUACCUCACUUGCAGGUCACUGAAUCCACAGCCAUUGCAUGAUGACAAAUGGCUGAAAAGCUGCUUCUACCUCCAAUAUUCAGCUGAGUCCUCAGCUCAGAGAAUUCAGUUUUCGCUGACAACGCUUCCAGGUUCUAGCCCUUGCUAGAGGAUAUUGGUCAUAUGGUUGCUCAGCCCCUGGCAAGGAUGGGACAGUAUAACCAUGAAUACUCCUGGUUUGGCACUAUUACGGAUUUUCUAAAAACUUACCAAAAGGGAGCAAUUCUAUCCAGCUCUGGGAUUAAUAAAUAAAUAAAUCUAAUAGUUGACUGCAGAAUAUCAAGCUUAAAAAAUAGGAAGGAAUUGGCUACCAUUUCAGCCUCUUUGUUUUUUUCCCUAGAAAUACAGUCAUAAAGCUUUCUGGAUGUGAGAAAUUAAAAUCAAUUUGAAGCUUAUACAUUUUGGAAUUAAUGUUUAACAGAAUUCCAUAACACAUGCAAAUUUGCUUAUGAAAUGACCAUUCCUACUACUUCUGAGGUAAGAAUAAAAAUUAUAGACUCCACAACCUUUAAGAAAUUGAAAGAGAUCCUUUCAAUAUAUGUUCAGAUUUCCAAAUCAACACUUCUGAAGCAUGGUCUCAUCUGUUACUGGCCAGGACAUACAAGCUAUAUGCAUUCUUUUUUUCCAUCUGUCACUCAUUCUAUAACAUUUAUAAGCUCUUCAUCCCACCCUAAAAUAAAUAAAGUAUGUUUGAAGGGAAAAUUUCAAAAUGUAAUGUGAGGUGGCUUAGAAUUACUGUACUGUAUGGAGUUGC